CACGAGCCCACGCACCGACACCACACACACACACACACACACACACACACACACACACACACGUGCAUCAACCACGAACACACACAACCACCAUGGAUGACAAGCAGCAGCAGCAGCAGCAGCAGCAGCAGCAGCAGCAGCAGCAGCAGCAGCAGCAGCAGAAUCAGCGGGACGAUGAAUUGGCAGAAGUCGGCGCUGAUGACGCGCUCGAAGUGAUUGAGGUGGAUAACACUGGCAUGGACAUGGAGGAUGACGAUGAUGAUGACGAUGGUGAUGAUGGUGCUGACAUGAUGGACGGCGACGAUGAUGGUGAUGCGAGUGAACAAGCACAGCAGCAGCAGCAGCAAGCAGAAGGAGACAAGGGCGAGGAGAGGCACGCCAACCCAUCUGCCAUCUUUGAGAACCACACAAGCGCGGUCUUUGACGUGGCCGUUUCCCCCGAUAACACAAUUGCGCUCUCUGGGUCGCAGGAUGACACAGCGGUACUCUUCAACCUCAAGGACGGAAACAUCAUCCACACAUUCGACAACCAUCACGACAGCAUCAUUGCCACGGCAUUUUCACGCGACGGCGCCUUCUUCGCCCUCGGAUGCAUGGACGGCAGUGUCAGCGUGUGGUCCAACAAGUGCGAGAAGCUGCUGGAUCUUGAUCUCGGCGAUGAUCUCACGUGGAUGCGCUUCCACCCGGUUGCGUCAUUUUUGCUUGCAGGCUCCGCCUCCGGGGGCGUGGUCAUGUGGGCGGUGCCCAGCGGCACCAUGUUCAACUUCUUUGGCCACGGCGAUGUUGUGUCGUGCGGCGCGUGGUUCCCGAACGGCCGCGCGUUUGUGUCCGCCGGUGACGACGGCCAACUGCUCGCAUGGAGCCCGAAGACACGCGAGGUCACGUGCAGAAUCGACGCCAAGACGCAUCAGUUUCACCAAACCCCCGUCACCGCGGCCGCGUGCCAUCCAGACAACAUCCUCGUUGCCACCGGUGGGCCCGAUGCCAAGGUCUGCCUCACCAGCACCAAGACGGGCAAGGUCGUGUCCGUGUUUGAGGACCACGGGGACGCGAUUGAGGCUGUUGCCUUCUCCUCGUCGUCGCCGACGCUGCUUGCCAGCGGAUCACUCGACGGCACCAUCGUCGUGCGCAACCCAGCCACCAAGUUCAAGCUCGCCACACUCAAGCAUGAGGCGGCAAUUGUGCAGUUGACAUUCCACCCAACGCUGCCGCUGCUGUACUCGUGCAGUGCAGAUGGCACGGUGCGCGUGUGGGAUGCGCGCAACGGAGCAAGCAUCCACACCUGCUAUGGCCACACGGACGCUGUUCUCGGCUUUGCCAUCUUCGAUGAGGGCCGCAAGGUGCUGACUGGCGGCGACGACAACAAAGUCAUGCUCUUUGACAUCCAGAACCUGCCGACAUCGUGACCAACAACAACAACAACAACAACAA